UUGAAAUCUUUUGAGCUAUGAACUAAAUACCAUUUAUUAGUACGUAUCUAUUAUCUUAUCUUGAGAUAAGCAUAUACUCUGAAAACACACCUAAAUUACGUUAGAGUUACAUUGUGGCUUGGUUGUGUAUUUCUUUUGCUGUGAAUUUUAGUGAAAAAAAUGAAAAUGGGACAAAGAAAAUCAAUUUGGUUUUACGUUGCCGUUGUUUUAGUCAUUCUCAGUACCCUCACGUCUGAGGUUGAUGCUAGAAGAAAAAUUCUUCGUGGUAGACGGGUGAUGACACGAACAUAUUAUCGUGGCAACGCCGUGCCAGCAUGGGCAAUAAGUCUGAUGGCGGGAAUAGGAAUGUUAAUUGUUGGUGGCAUACUAUAUGGCGUCAUGAGAAAAAUUGUCCUUUCGUCUCAAACUGGUUCCCUCAACACUUACCAGCCAGCCAUGCAGCACGACAACAGUGUUUAAAAUACAUUAUUUUAGAUGAGAUUUAAUUUAUAAUUAUUUGUAUGUUAUGAAAUAAAACUUGUACUUAAA